AUGAAUUGGUUGAUGGCCAAUGGUGCAAUCCUUGAUUGUAAAAGGAGGUUGGUAACAAUUCCGGUAGGUGCCUUAUGUGCUGAAAUGUUAGGUGGUCCAGUUUUGUUGUCAGCUGCUCAAGUAGAGAAGGCGGUGAGGAAGGGCUGUCAGGCCUUCAUUGUCUUCUUUUCAAUUAGUGAGGAUGAGGCAGGCGGAAUUGAACAGAUAGCUGUGGUGAGGGAUUACCCCGAAGUGUUUUCAGACGAGGUUACAGGACUACCUCCAGAGCGAGAAGUGGAGUUUUUCAUAGAGUUGGUUCCAGGAACCACCCCAAUCUCUAAGGCUCCCUAUAGAAUGUCUCCUUCAGAAUUGGUCGAAUUGAAAAAGCAGCUAGAAGAAUUGUUAGAAAAGGGACUUAUCUGA